CUCGUUUUGUCAUUCUCCAAUGCGCUCUCGGUAACUGUUCUUUGUGAGCAUAGAUACCCCGCCCUCACGGGCAGUCCAGGUUUUACAAUGCGUGUAAGUUGUCGGUCCAACAAGUACGCGGGCGUGUUGUUUCGAUUCUAAAAAUCACGACUAUGCAAAUAUGUCAACAUUUUCUGUUCGAUCGUGAGUGCUAUUAUAUCCAAAAGAAGAUGACUGUUUUGAAAUGUGAUCGCAAAGAGUGAAAACGUUGAACGUGACAACACCAACAGAUGGAAUUUACAAGCGUAAAGCGUCGGCUCGGGCUGUUGCUGUUGACAACUAGCGUCACAUCCGCGCUCACGUGACAAGGAACAACAGGCGCGCGGUAGUUUGUUAACUCAAGCUGAUGCAGGGGUUUUAUCAUUAACACAAAAAACCGAAAAGGGUGUAAGUGGAUUAUUUUUUGUUUUGAUUUUUAGUUGAGUACACCGAGCACGGUGAAAUGCAAAGUAAUGCCAGAAAGACAGGUGGAGUUAGACAACGACCGAGCUGUGUCACGUCUGGGGGUGAAAGAAAACAAGUGCGUAAAGUGCAAAUCAGAAAGAUUCCUUACAGGGUUGGAUACAGCUGGAACAAAGGUGGAAGACUCAAAGAGCUGAGAAUAAGGCACUUAGCGAGAAAGUUUCUGAAGAUAUGGAUGCGCAACACCUUUGGUCGAGUUCUUCCUCACGAAGCAAAGUCCCACCAUAGCAACGUGGUUUUGAGACAAGUUUUUCAUGCAUGGAAAGAUGAGUGGUGGACAUCCAGGAGGGAGUGGACUGUCACCAUGCGUGCAGACUGUCACUACAGGUAUUACCUUUAUUGCUGGACUUUCCAAAGGUGGCAAAAGUUUGUGUCUUUGCAGAAGGAAAAGAAGACUAAAGUACAGAAGGCUCAAUCAUUUGCUGAUAAGAGACAGAUGCGCCUGGUUUGGGACAGGUGGAAGGUUUUCACAGAGAUGAAGAGAAUGAAGAACAGAAUCCUUCAAUUGGCUCUUGAACAGAAAAGGCUUUCAACUAUACACUCAGUAUGGACCUCAUGGCAGACCAGACUACAGCAGCGUCGACAAUUCCAAGUUUUAGAAAACCAAGUACUGAAACAAAGAGCUCUGACUUCGCAGCGCCUGGCUUGGACUCGGUGGAAAGAAAAGCACGCAGCCACUUGCCACCAGAAAGAGAAAGAAUCCAUCGCUGCACUUCACUUCAACCUGAAACUGAAAAGAAGAACGUUAAAUCAGUGGAUGGAAUAUAUAUCCCAUUGCCAGACCAAAAGAAAGAUCAGAGGUGUGGCUCAUCAUGCCAGUUGCAUGCGCCUGGUGAGAAGCUGCUGGAGCAAAUGGAGAACUGCCGUGUAUCUCAAACAGAGCGAAGACGCCCGUUUGCACGCUGCUGGCCAGCUGGCCAUGCAGAGCGCUCAGCAGAAAGCGCUGGUGCACUGGAAAGCCUAUGUGAACUUGUGCAGAGGAGAGGCGGAAAGAAAUCAGACAGCUGCACAACAUCACCGUCGCCGUCUACUGCGUGCUGGAUUGCAGGGGUUGUCUUCCAAUGUCGCAUUUAACAAAACACAGCGACUGAACAACAACAUGGCUUUCCAGCAUUGGCAACAGAUGAUGACGCAAAAGUACUGGAAACUAUGGCAGGACCGUCUGGAGGAAGCUGAAGACCAGAAUUUUAAAUGGCUUGCAGAGAUGGCACAGAAGAACUACAGAUUUUCACUACUGAGGUGCUGUUUACAACACUGGAGACGGAGACUUGCUGAACGAAGACAUAUGCAGGCCCUGGAGCUGCGUGCAGACACCUGGUUUGCAGAGCAGACAUUACCUCGGUGUCUGAGGCUGUGGGUUGAGUUCACUCAGAAGAAAAGACUGCAUGAACACAGAAAACUCAAAGCUGAAGUGUUCAGUCGGCAGUGGCGGUACUCUUGGGUGUUUUACACUUGGUGGGGACGGUUUGAAAAGCGCAAGGAAGAGAUGCUCUCUGAGCGGAUGGCGAUUCUUCAUGAGGAGCGAGGCAUCGUGCAGAGAGCCUGGGCUCGAUGGAGGCAGCGCACGCAACAGCAGAUUCAAGAGGUGGAGAAACUGCAGGCUUCGCACCAUUUCUACAAGCACAGGCUUCUCCAGAAAACAGUGAUGCAGUGGAGGGAAAACAGCACGGAGAUACGAGACAGGAGAAACAGAGAGCUGCAGGCCUAUCACCAGCGCGAUUUGUUCCUCUUGAGAUCGUCUGUGGAAAAGUGGAAAAAGUUUGUUCAGAGGCAGAGGGACAAAAAAAGCAGACUGAAGGAGAUUCAGCAUUACAAUGAUGUCAGACUUCUCAAACAGUCUUUUGUGGCCUGGAAGAAACACCAUCUUCAGAUGUCUCAGAUCUGUGACCGUGCAGAGGAGCUUCACAGGCAGCAGACACAGCGUUUCCUCAGAAAUGCUCUGACUGUGUGGAGAGAGAACGCGGCGCUGCUGGCAGACGUCCGCAUCAAGCAGCAGCACGCACAGAACCACUUUGAGCGCGUCCAUCAACUCAAGGUGCUGCUUGCCUGGAGAGAAGCAACAACACGUGCAGUGUCCAAGCGCCACCAGCAGGAGGAGGCAGUGAGCAGGGCACAGACGUCUGCAAAUCAAGUGCGGCUGCUGUUGUCCUUCAGACAAUGGAGGGAACAAACCAAAGAAGCUCGCAGGGAGAGGAUGUGCAUGGAGAGAGCCCGGCAGCACCACAACUCCGAACUUAUCUCCAAGACUCUGAAAGCAUGGAAUGAGUAUCGCCACCAACAGCAAAAGAAAAAGGUGAUGAAACGACAAGGAAACUUGUUAGUGAGAUUGAAAGUACAACAGACAUACUUUGAAGAGUGGAGAGUCAAGCUGCAGCACAGACGGAGAGAGGCUCAGCAGACGGAGCGAGCGCUCUGGCACUGGUCCCUUGCUCUUCAGGCCAAGGUGUUGUAUGGAUGGAGGCUCUGCGUGACAGAGCAGCGCAGGGAGCGAGAGGAGGCAGCCAGAGCCGCACAGGUCUGCAGGGACCAGCUGCUGCAGGAGGGCGUGACCCGCAUCCUCACCUACGCUGCCCACAUGAACACUCUCACCACCAGUCUGACACAGUACAGCCAAGAACAAAGGCUGCGGCGUGUCCACAGAGCGGUGAAACGCUGCGCCACGCACUGGAAGCAGCGAGCCCUGCGAAAACCGCGGAAGGAGCCGGAGGCGGAGAAGGAGCUGCCCAAAAAGAGUGUGACAUUCUGUCUGCCUCCACCGAGCAGCUUCUCCUCGUCGGUCUCAGCAGAGCAGGAAGCUGUGGAGGGAGUGCUGGAGACGCUGCUCGUCACCAGGAGGCCUCGACGUCAGCCCCGCCGCUGCACGGAACUCUUUGAGUCGUCUUUGUUUAAAGAUAAAAGUUUGAAUCAAAGCAGCAUCGCCAGCCUUGAUGAAGCUCCAAAGCCAUCUGAGCUGAGUGACGUUUCACAGAAAGACCAGCGUCCAGUGUCUUCCGGUCUCUCUGUUCCUGCGACACAUCAGAGCAGCCUCUUGUCCAAAGCGCCGCCGUCUGAGCGUCGCAGCGCCACUCUGGACUCUCCUCAGGAAGACCAAGACUUUCUUCUACCUCCUUCAGCUUUUAUGGCCACUGGAACCCAGAAAACAUUGGGAAAAUGUAACCUUUCGGGACCUGCAGAUGCUCCAUUCAUGCCUUUUGCUCAGUUUGAUUAUUCCUUUGAGCACCAUUCAUCAAUCUGUCCAGAAACUGAUCCAGCAGCAGCUCUGAUGAGAGAACUUAUCAGCAUUCAGGAAGACAUGAAGAGUUUCCAGCAGAGCAGAAGGCAGCUCCGGGCGUGGAGAAAGCUGCAGGAGAUAUUACAGAGCUGGCUGCAGACCAGUGGAAAAGAUGAAGAAGUGGAAAAAAAUGCGGUCUGCCAGGAGCUGAAGGAGCUGGAGCAGCGCAUCAACACACUCUCCGCAGAGCUGGAAAAACAGAAGCCGUGGAUGUUGAAGCAGGCAGAGCGAGUCGGACAUUUACAGUCUGUCCUUCACGCGCCAGAGACGGACAGCAGUGACUCUGUGUGGACAACAUGAGAGGAAACAUCGCAGGUC